AUGGAUGAUUUUAAUACCACUCAAGAAGUGGUUUCGCACAUCUGUGUAAUCAGAGCGUACAUCACCGUCAAAACAUAUGGCCUGCAGCUAGAGGGCCGCAUAACAAAGGUGAUGGUGGUUCCACCGGACUCCUCUGAGUGGGAGACAGCUCCACAACUCCAAGAUCUUGGAAAGCAAAUAAAAGCCCAUUUAUACGGACCUUAUGCAAACGAGGUCAGACGAGCCAUACCUGGAAAAUUGUUGGAACUGGUGUCCCAUUCCAUGUCUCGGAUGGAGUCAGACAGGAUACGAAAUCAGCGGUCAAAUAACAGCAUAAAUAGCCAGCACCCAGAUGAUAGGACGAGGAGCCCAAGGCUCAAACAGACUUCCGCUCGUGUAAUCAGUACUAAAGUGGGCCUUGAGCCAAAGAAAGAAACCCUUGUGAAGCUGGAGAAUCUUGAAGAUGGGAUAGUUCCUGGAAACCACUUUGAUGAUUUGGUAGAUGAUAACGAGGAAGUAGACGAUGAAAGCUACCAACAGGACCCGAGCCAGGUGACGGAUUCGCUUGCGUCUCAGAAGAGACCAAGUAGUCCCAGUAUCGCAUUUAGGGAUGAUAACACCAUGACUAUCAAGAACCUUAAGAAUAUUAGUUUGACUAUCGACAACAUAAUUUACCGAGUGAACGCAAAAGUACUAGGGGUUGUACCAGAAGCAAAACACAUAUGUGUCAAGUCGUUCGCUGUGAAUGCUGAUGGGACCCCUGAAGCUCAGGAUCCAUAUGUUAGGCCUUUCAAAGUAAUAAUCAGUGAUGGAGAGACCCUCGAUAUCCAUUUUGACGGAAAACAGCUUUUAGAAAUGGUUAAGGUGUCGGUGGAAGAGUUGUAUGCCAUACCUACCAUGCUUGAAGGAUUAUUGGAAGGAAUUUUUGGGAAAGUAAGACAUUUCAGACUCUUCAAGAAGCGCAUUCCGUUGAAUGGCAAUGUGUCGAUAGUGGUCUGGACAUGUAAAGACUUAUUGUGAGUCGAGAAAGUCAGCAAUCUCAGCGACAGUUUCUUGGAAUAUUUCUUCGGUUUCAAUGAAAACAGAAUGGCUUGCCCGGUCCAAACGAACAAACUUCUUAUUGCUGAUGGGCAACUUGUCAAAGAAGAGCUUCAGCAGCUUAAAACUGGUCAUGGGAUCAUCUGCACAAUGUAUCACCAAUAACCGAAAAUUGGGGUUUAUGUUCAUGUUCUCGGGUGCCAUGUCUGCAAGCUUAUUACCCCGUUCAAACAUGUACUUGAUCUGACCCAAAGUGCAGUUACCCUGGGUGAGAAGCUCUAACUGAAGAUAACUGACCCACUCCUCAGCAGUGGUGAUGACACUUUUCACAUUGAUAUCUCUAUUGAUAGACCCCCAAGGAAGGUAUGGAAACCAUGUAGCUACCCAACCCAAUACAUAUUCCACGUACGGAGAAGGAGCCAAGUGUUGAGCGAUUUUGAUCAAUGGACCAGUUGUGAUUACCCCUGCCAAUUGGCUUCUACUGUUUCCUUCUAUCAUAUAGUUCAAUGAUAUACCUCCGCCUGCCAGAUGGCCCAAUAAGUACACCGGGAGUUGGGUCUGGCCUUUGGAUGUGGCAGUUCCUACCAAUGUUUCAAGCAUUUUAUCGACAUCUUUGUAUACUGCAGCCUCUGAGCGGCCACAUCUUCCUCUGUACUUUCCAGGAGAUGUUCUUCCAG